CCCCCCUUAUAAAUUUUUAAUGGAAAAUGGCUGCGUUUCUUUACCAAACCGCACGAGCUGGGAAAUAAAAGGAAAGGGGGGGAGAGAGAGAAUACUGAAACCGUCUCUUUUUGUCGUUCGCGCCGAAGAGGUUGACUACAUGUUAGCAUAGCAUACAUCCUGCGUUGUGAAAAUAAGUGGGGAAAAUGGAGCGACUCACGCUUUGAGAGGGAUGUAAGAUCAUUUUUCUACUUAACCCUUUCUGCUCCCCGACAUCUGCGAACAAUUGAGCAUAAGAUGAUGCGUCAGGUGACAAGCAGUGAUUUCUGCAUCAACAGCAGGCCCUCUUGCCUAGCAGAAGAUGGCCACCACCCCAUAUCUCAUUUUGAACUGUGCACCCCACAGCCCAGUAAGUUUUACCCACCUCCGCCUCCAACGUCCCUCCAGAUGACGCUGGCUCCCAUGGCCUUACCCACCCAGAGCCACAAGUCCAUGGUGUGCCACAGACAGGAUGUUCUGGUGGGCGACCCUCGCCCGCCCGGAAAGCUACCUGUCAUGAAAGGCGCUGAGCAAACGCCCGAGGACGCCAAGAAAAAGCCCAAAGGAGUCGGGAAGACGGGAAGACGCGGGAGGCCUUUGGGAACCACCAAGCUAGCUGGAUACAGAACCAGCACCGGGAGACCCCUCGGUACGACCAGGGCGGCCGGGUUCAAGACGAGUCCGGGAAGGCCGCUCGGUACAACCAGAGCUGCGGGGUAUAAGGUCAGUCCCGGGCGGCCUCCUGGCAGCAUCAAAGGCCUGUCUCGCCUGAACAAACUGGCUUACAGUAACACCUGCAGUGGAGCAGCUUUCCCUUACCCGCUACCACACAAAGAAAUGCUCUGUGAACCUUCCUGCAAAGAGAAACCAGCCACUGAGCAAAGGCUCUGCGCUGAUUCUUCUUCACCCUGACCUGCUGGGGUAAUAGACACAUGUACAGGUUUCCUGCUUCGUAUUAGAGGGUGGUUGUAAUAUUUCUCACUGUGCUGUCGAGCUGAAAGGAGGAAAAUCUUUUUAAAUAUUCUUCUUGUUGUCAGUUGUGUGCCUGCCAUCUAAUAUAUGUAUCAUUACUUUUUUAAUGCUCCUACUGCAGUGUGUUAACAGAGCCUCUACUACACUUUGCUCUAUGUUUUCUUUGGAGCUGAAGUGACUGCUAAUUGAGCUACAGGCUUUUACCUAGCAGCUCCCAUAGCGGAAGCUCAAUUUUUAGUGUUAAAAUAAACAUUUUAAACAAAAGGGAACGAUACUUUCUGCCAAGAAAGAGACGUUUUUAGGACUGAUGGUCACCAUGUAAAAUCCGUUAAGAAACAUUGAGAUAAUUGUAAUGUUCAGCAUAUUUCAGCUAAAUUAGCUGUUUUAGCAUAAUCCUCUCAUCGCUUAAAAAAAUGUGACAAAGCAAAAAAUGGCAGAGGAGAAAGAAAAGUACCGUCUUCCAUAGGAUAAAAUCUGGUAUCUGUUAGAAACAAAAACGAACAUAGACCCAAGCUGGCAGCACACAAUGACCAAAACGUUUAACUCUGCAACACAUUAGCACUAAAAACAUGACUGCUCUGGAUUGUGUGGUAGUCUUAACUCUAGAUGUUUCUUCCAAAAUGUCUACGUAUUAUUAUUUGCAUGCAGAUGUCUUUAAAACAACUGAUUUGAGCUUAAAGAAUGUGAGAAAAAAAGACUGCUGUCUUUGUUACUUUAUUUUGACUUUUUAAAUAUUAUAAUUUCAUACUGUGGGUUCCAUAUUUCUCCCCAUAAAUGCCAAAUUUGAGAUUGAAAAUUUCAACCACACGUUACCAUUUUCACUUAAAAUUUAACUUUUUGUCUUUAAUGAUAGAACAUUCAACUCUGAURUAAUCAGCUUGAAGAUUUUUGAUACUUGUACUCAUCACUCUACAAAUCCCCAUUUUUGUGCAUUUUGUAUGGCGCUGCUUGUGUGCCCAUCAUUUAGUUUCACRUGAAGCAACAUAUGAUGUACUUUACAUCAUAAAAUAAGUCGUUGAUGAGCAAAACACUUUUUCAAACUAUAAAAAGAAUGGCUCUAAACUUUUUUCUAGUUGUUAAAAUUGAUUCAUUUUCCAUCCGUUUUUUUAUCCCAAUUGUUAGAAUGUAAUGUGAUCCUAUAUAUAGUAAAUUUGUGACUGUCUUAAUGACUAUGUAGCAAGAAAAAAACAUUAUGUGUCAACAACCAUAUUGUUAUUCAGAAUUUAAUCAAAAUUCUAUAAACUUUUACUUUGUAAGCCACUCUUCUGAYGUGCUUACCAAACUUAUUUGUUUCAGUGAGCUCUGACAGCUUCAGGCAGCAUUCAAGCUGCAACUAGCUACUUUCCUGAUAUGUUUUUAGUCUCCCAGCAUUCAUCACCUCUUGCUUUUUAAAAAAUAUGAAGAUUUUUCAGCUCGUUGAAAUGAUCUCAGCCAUGGCUUCAUUUGUGAUUGACAGUUACACUAAAAUUAUAUACACGUUUUAAUUUAAAGACCGUGCAAUCAUGAAAMGGUUUGAUCAUUAGUCUUGGUAAUUUCAAAAUAAAAUAAAUAACAAAGAGACAUUAGGUAUUUUGCAACAUUCUGUAKAUACAAUCAGACCACAUAUAAAAUAAAUGAUCAAAAACAACUGUUAAGUAUGAUUACGUUUUUUGUAAACUCGUUAAGCAUUCGAGUUGUUUCAUUAUUCAUGUAUAGACAACACUAAUUUAGUACGUAAGAAAAAGUAAAUUCAUUGAGUUMCUUCUGGAUAACACAAUUUAAAAUGUUCAAAUUUAGUGCAAUAUUAUGUUGUAUUUAUAGUAUAACUGCUUCUAUUAUGUUCUAUUGCUGUGUUUUUAAGCUUGUGUGUAAAACCCCUUCAGAACAUUUUUAAUUUGAUCAUUGUGAACACACGAUACAAAAACAUCCUUUUCAGACCCUUUACCAAAGAAUGCAUUUUGAUUACYAACAUUUAAUCUUUUUAUCUUUUAGGAAUACGUGUUGAAAGCUAACCUUAGCAUGAUUGUUGAGAUUCAUGUUGCAUCUGUUCUUUAAAUAAUCACAACACACACUGAUGUAAACCUUUUAAAGGUUUUUUUUUUAUUAUAGUCAUCUGGUAUACUUAUUUUUUAAAUUAUACUUUGUAACCAUGUUUAAUAUUUUAUUUGUACUUUCUGGUUUAUUUAUAAACAAUCCUUUCAUAUCAUAAAAUAAUCAUACCGGUUUAUAAUUUCUAAAAGUUUAUUAAUGUGGUCUUGUUUUGGAAAAUUCUUUAUCUUUUGACAAGCAAAUAUCUUUUGUUUUGUGCGCAUGGUUUAUUAUUCAAAAGCUUUACACUGUGCUAACACGCUAAAGCAGCUGGUGUGGUAUUUUGUUUYGUUAAAGCUCUUAAAACUGAAAAGAAUUCAACAUAAAACAUCAAAUUUAAAAGGACACCUAUUUUGUUUUGUUUGGGUUGCGUAUUUUAACAUCCGACAACUUUUUAACGUGCUAGCAUGCUAAAUUAGCUCGUAAGAGCUUUGGUUUGAUUGAACUUGUUAAAAACAAAAACAAUCUAAUUUUAUUUUUAAAAAUCUCAAUUAUGUGUAUUUUUUUCUUUUCGAUUGUGAUUUUUGUUGAAAGGCAGCUCGUUUCCAGAGRGUAGAGUUCCCGCCUUUUUUGUGUUUUCUGAAGCAGUUUAGUAUGCAACAGUUGUGUUUAUUUCUUGAGCAAACUGAAUGCCUUCAUUUUAAUUUUUUCUAAAUAAAAAAUGUCCAAGGUUUUUACAAAAGGAGGCAUAAAAAAAAUCCGCAUUUUUUUGGACUUCCUCGUACAAUAAAUUGUUGUGGUAUGCUAACAGUAAUGCUAACUGUUGUUGACAUUGCACAAUUAUUCACUGCGGUAGAAAUUGAUCAAGUCAAAUUAAAAAAAAAAUCCAAGAACAUGUUUCAGCUAUCUACUAACACUGAUACAACUGCUAAUAAAAAAAGAAAAAGUUAGAGCUAUAACUAUUAUCAUUAUGAUCUUACGAUGUGUAAAUGUAGCUAAUCAAUAAAAGCUGAUAUUGUAAGAUUUUGGUUGGAAAUGGAUUUUGUGCAUUUUUGUCAGGAUUUUUCAACAGAUUCAUUGUAUUAAGCAAUAUCACACAUUAGAUUUGAUCAUUUUUAAACAAGUUUGUUCUGGUUAAAUGAUAAUGGUCCCAUGACCGUGGAACACUUAUUGUCUAUUUCAUAUAAUCUCUUUUUUAGUUUAAUUUUCAGGUGAAAUUAUUUAUGUAAAGACAACCCAAUUAAAUUAAAUUGAGCAAUUAUAGAAAAUCACCCAAAUUUCAGAUAACAUUUAUUUACAUGAAUACAUUUUAACAGUAAUAUUUCAAGUUAAGCUUAUACUACCACGGGGCUUGUUUAGUAUUUGUUUUUACAAAUUUUCCUUGUCAUUUUAUUUCUCGCCACCUUCAGCAUUACCUCACAUUUGUGUUUUUGAGAAGUUAUGAAAUCCAGUUAUUUCUGAAGUGUGGCUGAAGAAGCCUGUAUAGCUUUGUACAAUUCACGUUUUAUUCCUGCAUGAUUGUGUUGUAAUGUUCAAAAGUUGUGCAUUAAACCUUAAAAUUAACAUUC